CGGCCGCCGCAGCUGAUGGUGUUCCGCAACGUGGGUCGGCCGCCGGAGGAGGAGGACGCGGAGGCGGCCCCGGAGCCGGGACCCUCGGAACUGCUGUGUCCCCGGCACCGCUGUGCCCUGGACCCCAAGGCCCUGCCGCCGGGGUUGGCGCUCGAGCGGACCUGGGGCCCGGCGGCUGGACUGGAGGCGCAGUUGGCGGCUCUGGGGCUCGGGCAGCCGGCGGCGCCAGGGGUCAAGACGGUCGGUGGGGGUUGCUGCCCGUGCCCGUGCCCCCCGCAGCCGCCCCCUCCGCAGCCCCAGCCGCCUGCUGCCGCCCCGCAGACCGGGGAGGACCCCACGGAGACGAGCGACGCGCUGCUGGUCCUGGAGGGCUUGGAGUCGGAGGCCGAGAGCCUGGAGACUAACAGCUGCUCGGAAGAGGAGCUCAGCAGCCCGGGCCGCGGAGGAGGAGGGGGCGGCCGGCUUCUGCUGCAGCCCCCGGGUCCUGAAUUACCCCCGGUGCCCUUCCCGAUGCAGGACUUGGUCCCCCCAGGGCGCUUGGGUAGAGGGGAGCCGCAGCCCCCGCCCCCGCCCCCGCCUCCUCCCGGGCCCCUCCGGCCCCUGGCGGGCCCUUCUCGGAAGGGCUCCCUCAAAAUCCGCCUCAGUCGCCUCUUUCGCACGAAGAGCUGCAACGGCGGAUCCGGCGGUGGGGAUGGGGCCGGCAAGAGGCCUUCUGGAGAGCUGGCUACUUCUGCUGCGAGCCUGACAGACAUGGGAGGCUCUGCGGGCCGGGAGCUGGACGCGGGGAGGAAACCCAGGUUGACAAGAACUCAAAGUGCCUUUUCUCCGGUCUCCUUCAGCCCCCUGUUCACAGGUGAAACUGUGUCACUUGUGGACGUGGACAUCUCUCAGCGGGGCCUGACCUCUCCACACCCUCCAACUCCCCCUCCUCCUCCGAGGAGAAGCCUCAGCCUCCUAGAUGAUAUCAGUGGGACGCUGCCUACAUCUGUCCUUGUGGCUCCGAUGGGGUCUUCCCUGCAGUCUUUCCCCCUACCUCCGCCUCCUCCACCCCAUGCCCCAGAUGCAUUUCCCCGGAUUGCUCCCAUCCGAGCAGCUGAAUCCCUGCACAGCCAGCCCCCCCAGCAUCUCCAGUGUCCGCUCUACCGGCCCGACUCAAGCAGCUUUGCCGCCAGCCUUCGAGAGUUGGAGAAGUGUGGUUGGUACUGGGGACCCAUGAACUGGGAAGAUGCAGAGAUGAAGCUGAAAGGGAAGCCAGAUGGCUCUUUCCUGGUACGAGAUAGCUCUGAUCCUCGUUACAUCCUGAGCCUCAGUUUCCGGUCACAGGGUAUCACCCACCACACGAGAAUGGAGCACUACAGAGGAACUUUCAGCCUGUGGUGUCACCCCAAGUUUGAGGAUCGCUGUCAGUCAGUGGUGGAGUUCAUUAAGAGAGCCAUCAUGCACUCCAAGAAUGGGAAGUUCCUCUAUUUCUUGAGAUCCAGGGUUCCAGGACUGCCACCGACUCCAGUCCAGCUGCUCUAUCCAGUGUCUAGAUUCAGCAAUGUCAAAUCCCUCCAGCACCUUUGCAGAUUCCGAAUCCGACAGCUCGUCCGGAUAGAUCACAUCCCGGAUCUCCCACUGCCUAAACCUCUGAUCUCUUAUAUCCGAAAGUUCUACUACUAUGAUCCUCAGGAAGAGGUGUACCUGUCUCUAAAGGAAGCGCAGCUCAUUUCCAAACAGAAGCAAGAGGUCGAACCCUCCACGUAGCGAGGGGCCCCCUGCUGAUCGCCACCAAGGGCAUUUGGUUGCCAAGCUCCAGUUCUGAAGAACCAAAUGAAGCUACUGUGGAAGGGGGAGUGAGGAGAAACGAGGGAAUUGGAAGGGCUGAGUUCUUCCGUGCAAAGACUUUGGUCCCCCUUGCAGCCCUGGGGCUUGGAAGAAGCACACAACCACACUCUCUGCGCGGGGGCUCCACCUCUUCACAUCCAGCCCCCGCGGUGUCCUGGAACUGGACGAGCUCCUUGGAAAACUGGAAGAAGUCUCAACACUGUUCCUGUUUUAGAAGUUUUGUUUUGGAUAUUUGCAUUUCUCGGUAUGGAAAACUUCCUUUAAAGGCAGCUGGGGUUCGUGCCCAUUGGACUGGAAGUGGUGCCAAGGGUGAGCCAGGUCCAAACGGGGGGACGGGAGGGAGGGGAUUGCCAGUGACGGUCGUUCAGCUGGUGCCAAAGGCAGAGUGCGAGUGUUCACCAUUGACCUCAAAGAAGGGAAGAGAAGGAGUCAGAAGUGCAAAUUGAGCUGGGAGUCUCUGAGGGAUGAGGAUCCUCAUCUCUUUAAGCUUGGGCAGCUUCAGUCGGAGCGAGAAAGAAAGGGUGGGUAGUCUCGAAUAGAAGAUUGCUGAACAAAAACUGGCAAAGGGCCUCUGCCGGGGAAAGUAGUGACUCCUCACAUCCUUUCCUUUGAAGGUUUAGGAACCUGGUUUCAGAAUCACCUCUCAUAGAAGCUGUGUUAGUUUUGUCGUACUGAAUUCCUGAGUUCUGUGACCUCAAGUCCGUCCCGUUCUUCCUCCACCCUCCACCCCUCCCCCGAGAUAACUGUACAUUUCACUCUGAUCAUGGUAACAUCGUUCCUGUUGCUUCUGCCAGCUGUCAAGGCAGUCGGUUUUCUCAUCACCUGAGCAGUUGAGAGCCCUAAUCAUGAGCUGCUAAAGUUAAUGGAGCAUGCUUCCAGAUUCUUAAUGGCAAACUGUACCCAUGACUUAGGAGUCAGUGUUACUUACCUCCAUAUGUCUGCCAGCUAGUGAGAGGGAAUAUGGAGGAUGGUGAGAAACGAAGCUAUCGUGGUAGCGCUCUUCCGAGAAGAAGCUCUCCAAUGUCUCAGCCUUAAUGGAGUGUCUUUGGAUCAGAGAGGAGGAGAGCAUUGCAUCUCGUGUUUUUAGGUUUAUCCCUGUUAUCCCACUUCUGGGACGGGAGGUAGCAAGGGCUUUUUAAUUUAACUGUGUUUUUUCUAGCAACCCAAACAUUUUCCUGAGUCAGAUCCUGUUUGCCCCCCUUUCAUUGGGAAGUCUGUCUGAUGCUGAUUUGGGAGUUGCCCACCUUCCAGGCGGAAGUGGAAGAGGAGGGGGAGAAACUCCAGUGUGUUUCAGUGGUCCUUGAGUUUUUCUGAAGUGGGCCGUUGUCAAGUCAUAUGAUAUUAUGAGUUUGCUUUUCUAUAGAGUUACUCUGGGGAGAGGUUUGCUAUUAAGAUAUGAAAAUUGAGCUGUUUGGGUCUUUAUUGCUCUUUUGUAGUAAAUGUUCCAUUAGACUGCCUCUUUUGGUUCCCCUGUGCUUCUGUCUGCCUCAUCUCAUGAGAUAAAUAAUAUCAUCAGGUUUGUGGUUUCCUGAUGGUUUGGGGUGAGGCCCCAGUGUCCUGGUAAUUUAUAGGACUGCCUCAUCUGGAAGCAUUGGCCUUCUGCCUUAUGUCUUGCAUGGAAUGACCAGUCUUCCUCCUUGUAGUGGAAUAGGAAGGAGACUUGCAUUGUUAUCUGCCUGGAAAGAGGGGGUCCACAAAAUGAGCUUUGUGACAUAAACACAGCCCACCUCUGAUUUGUCACGAGGUACCUCUUUUCUCCUUGGAUCCCAUGGAGUGUUACCAACCAAUGAAGAUAGUGAUCCCAGAAAUUGGCUUAACCUGUGAGUCUUGCCUCUUGAGGGUGCAGAUUAACUUGCCAUCUUGCAGAAAGUGCCACCCAGCUCUAGAGCCUGCAGUCUGCCAUCCAUUGGGAUCCUUGAGUGGCUGAUGUGCAGCUAUUUGGGUUUUUUGGGCCUUUUUUCUUUUACACCAUUUCAGCCACCCGUAAUUUUAAAAUUCUUUUUUAUAGUGUGUUUUAGUGUGUUUGCCUGGCUCUGGGCUAGAUACUGUGGGAAACACAAGAGGGGGAAGACAUGAUGUCUGGCCUGAGGGAGCUUUUAAGUGACUGCUGCAUGUGCAGCAGUUGGAGAAUGACUCUGUGUGGCAGCAAGAACCAAGGUCUGUCUUUAAAGAAAUUCAGGUGGGUAAGAUCAGGGUAGACCAGAUGGUCUGGGAGAGCUCUGUGGCGGUGAGGCUUUGGGUCCUAGGUGAGGGUAAGACAGUGAGACAAGAAACACAUGAACAAAAGCAUGGAAGCAGAAAUCUGCAGCGUGUACUGACCAGGACACAGCCCCAGGUUAGAGUGGCAGCAUCAGUCACUCCUUUCCCAGUGCCUGCGGUUUAGAUGGAAACUUCCUGGUCAUCAGGCAAGUCUCAGCAUUGAGGGCUUAUGAUGGUGAAGUGGACCCCAGAGCCAGAAGUCACCUAGUUCCUGUCCAUGGCCAGGGACCUCACUGCUCUCAGCGCAGUCCGGCAGGGAGGAAGGCAGAGCCCUUGUACCCCUUGUGGUACCAGAGGUUUCCACUGGAGAAUUCCUGCGGUCAGGUCCAGAACCAGACCAGCUGAGGAGGCAUGACCCAACCUCACCACCAUCCUUCUUUCUCCUCCUGGGAAAGGGUGGUGUGCACCUGUGUCCAUGAUCUGUCUGUGUGUGCUAGUCAUGGCCCAGGUUGUCGCCUAGCCCUUCCUCAGUAGAGUGGGCUGUGAGACAGAGUUGCGCAGGGAGAGACCGGCUCGGUCGGGGGGUGAGGGGGGAGGAAGAGGCGGGAGUGGGGCAGCUGGCUGAGGGGCCCGCCUGGUCAGAGAGUAGAGAGGGGACGGGGCGGCUGGCCGCUCUCCAGGCCGGGCCCACUCCUCCUUUGCCAGUUCUGUGUCGUGCUAAUCGAGAUGCGGUCCACAGAGGGAACUCAUUCCUUUUCGGUUGUUGUAUUUUAAAGUCACAAACUGGAAAGGGUUCUCACCUCCCGGGACCCAUCAUUGAUUUCAGAGUUGGUAAUGGGUUCUUUCCUGUGACCCUUACUUGUUGGUGACUGAUCUGCUGUAACCUUCCUCAGGACAGGUGUGAACCGCUGUGAGCUAGGUGGCAACUGCUGCUACAAUGGGCUGUUACUUGAAAUCCGCGGCUGUGGCAGGAGCGCAGAGUAAGGGCUGGGGCCUUGCUGUGAGGACUGGGUAAGGGGGCGGCAGCUGGGACUUUGGGGCCGUCGGCGGUGGCCUUGGCCCGGUGGCCAGCCUGUGCCUAGAUGUAGUGAGUGUGAGCUGCGGACUGCAGCACGCCGGCUUCUGAGAGGAGAGGCUCGGUGGGGAGCUCACCGUCACGGUUUCUGCUCCUCUCCUUCCUUUCCCAGGGGCUGACGGGGUCGGCCCUCCCUGAGGCUGGGAAUGCUGUGGAGAUGGCUGCAAACCCCCCUCCAGUGUACAUCCAGGAAGAGGUGGGGAGCCGGGAGGGUGUUGAGCGCUCGCACGUCCGGGUAUGAGAGCCUAGAGUAGAGCUGGAUGCCCUGGGGUGCCCACCUUUUUGGCCCUCACCCUAGGCCCCCAAAAGAACAAGGCUGCUUGAAGCCUUUGGGUCCCAGCAGGAGACGGGGAUAGGUGGGACUUCUCCCUUAGGUUAGACCCUUCCCUGCCCCGCGGCCUCUCCCUUGGCUCUGAGCCCUGAAAACGGAGGGCAAGGCACUGGGAUAUAGCUCUGUGGCUGUGGAAGGGAGAUCUGAAAGUCAGCGUGUGUGUGUGCGCGCGUGUGUGUGUGUGUCCGCACGCAUGUCUUCAUUUGCAGAGGUCUUGCCCCCACUUGGGGUGUUGAAAGCAUCUCCAUUGUGGGGAGACCUGCCAUUUGUUUUCCACAUUUAAGAGAAUGACAUGCCCCCUGUCCCUAAGGGAGGAGCUUUUGAGUUAGACAUUUUCCCUAUGGGAAUCCUCUUGGUUUGGUUUCGGGUCGGGGGGGGGGGAUAAGGGAUUUUUAUCUCUAAUUGUCGGCACAGCUGUUCUUACACCAACUCAUGCUGUUGCAUACACGUAGCCGUCUUUCCUUUUCACUGCAACAGUGUUUAUCAGUAGUUCAAAGUGAUUUAUUUGCUCCUGGGGAGUAAAAUCUUUUUUAUUAAAAAAGAAAAAGAAAAAAAAAAAAAGAGAAAGCAAAGUGUGGCUCCCUCCCCCCAUGAUAGCUGUAGGGUUAGUGGGCCUCAAAGCUCCAGACGGCAAAGUUGAGUCUGCCAGUCCCCGUGACCUAUCCCGUUUUGACGUCGGAGCCUUCGUGCUCAGCACAAAAGGACAGGAGGCCUUGAGAAGAUGGAGAGCAAAGCCUCGGGAGGCGUGAGGUGGGGUUUGAACCGUGUAGAGACGGAGGCACUGGGACUCAGGUGCUGCAGUUAGAGAGAGAGUAAGGAAUUGUAUUUAAAAUACUGAUUCUCUAAUCUGCCAGGGAAAGACCUUUCUUUACAUACAAAUUCCAUACUGUUGUUGUCCUUUUCAUCGCUUCUUGACCUUCCUGGUAGGUGCCGGCCCAGUUUCGUCCUGCUUCCCGUCCUGUCCUCUGUGCCUCUUCUCCCGUCCCUUCCCACUCCCAUCUACCUCUGGGAAGCCAGUCCUGCAUGCUGAGUCUGUGACUUGCCUUCACGCUCAUCUCAUCUUGGUUAGAGGGUACCUGGAACUGCUCCCCGCCCCCGCUCCUCCCUCCGAAGUGCCAAGAGGCACGAAGGAGCAGGUCAAGAGCAGGGAGGACAUGAGUGUCUGGUUGCAGCUGGACUGCAAUCUUUGCUCCUGGAGAGAGAGUGUGAAGAAAACGGAGGACGCUCUUGAUCGGAACCCAGGACAUCACACGCUGCUCCGCCCAGCUCAGGUGGGGCGGGCGGCUGGUCUGGCUCCUCCCUCCCUGGUGCUCCCCUGAACGGGGGCUUGCCCUCACCGUUGGGCCCAGAGCCUUUUCCGAGGGACAGGCACGACCCAGGCGCCGCUCGGUGGGUAGGCCAGCCGUCGGGUGCCCGAACUGAUGCUGCCUGUGGCGCAGCCGCUGCUGUACAUUCGUUUGGUUGUUGGUAAGAAACUCCACGAAGAGGGGUGUCCUUCCGGGCUCAGGGUGGCUGCCAGCCCUUCACCAGAAGGGGAGCCGCACCCUGCAACCACUUCUGUCCUCGUGUGCCGCCCCUCCCCCCGCCCUCCUCCAAGCCAAAGCGUGGCCUGGCUUUUGUCUUCCCGUUUAGUUUUCCUCCUCUCCUCCCCCUUUUUGUGCUUAAUUUAUUAAAAUAGUUGCUGUAUAAUUUAUUUUCAUAAACUAUAAAAAAGGACUAAAUGGUUAAAAUAGACUUGCAGGCCAAUCUUAAAUGGGGUGGGAGGGUCUGCGGGUGGGGUGGGAGAAGGGAAAGAUGUUUUGAUAUAAACAAAACAAAUGCACUUUGGGUGUGUUUUGGUAUUUUUCUGGGGAUAGAUGGGUGGGUGUUGGGAUGUCCCUGUAGAUUAGUUCCAGAACCGGGUGUUUGUAUAUACUGUAUUAAUAGGCAUGUGUGACUCUUAUAAAGGGACAUUAGUAGCUGCUGCAGGUCCUGUUUGGAAACCCCACGUACAACUCCCAGUUUUUUGUAAGUGUCAGUGCGGGAGACAUUUGACUCUUGUGUUUGUAUCUCCUUUUUAUGAUUGCUGUACUGACUCAUGUCUUUUUGGGGAGGGGUGAAAAGAGAUUUGAAAUAAAAAUGUUUAGAAAUUA